CAUCACUAGAUUGAUAUUAGUCAAGUACAUCCUCUUUCAGUAUCGAGUCGUGCUGUAAAGUAUAAGGAAAAGAUGGCCGCAAAUGCGAAUGAUGAUGGCUACGCAAGCAGCGACGGCAGCUACGAAUGGGAAGACAACGACGUCAUCAAACCGGAUGAACUCGAGCCACCCGUCUACCGAACUAUCCCGCUGCACCACUUAGUCUAUGAGGAACCGCAAAAACGUGAUCUGGAGCAGUAUGGUGGAAUCGUACAGCGAUUUUUGCAGAAGAUUCCGACCCCAAACAUGGGAAAGCAAGGAGAUAGCGACUCCUCUGGCAGUGCGCAAAACACAGCAGCGGCGUCUGUCACCGGAAGCGGAAACCUACUGCCAAUUCAGGGUGUCACGCUCCGGCUCAAACCAGCAAAAUCCAUUGCUGAUCAGACCGAGAGUGACCAUGAGAACAACCUUGUCUUUCGCGAUUUGCUGCCCGGAAGAAUGUCGUCACCGGAGCCAGGAGUGCCACUUUCCUGUGCGACAGCAGCAGCGGAUGAGCCUGAGUUUCCGUGGUGUGUAUACGUUCCCCGUAAGUGGUCCGAUUUUCGUAGCCUCUCGGCGCGGAAGCGUGAUCAUGAAAACACGAGCGCUGCUACGCAGCAACCUGCAACGGGUAAAGGAAAGCAUGCCAUCAGCAUCCGCGGAUGCAAAUGCGGCAAAUCAAGUAAAGGCAAAGGGAAACAAGCGACGAAGGGCAGCCGGAGGUACCAAAUGAAAGACCACGACAUUUCUGCAAAUUAUCACUUCUUCUUGUUCCGGAAAGAUGCAACCCUAACAUCAACGCAGGACCAGUACUUGAUGCCACAGGAUCCCCAUCACCGAGUCCGCCUCCUCUGGAACGGAAAUCAGCCAUACAUUGUGGAGAAAGUGGAACUGAAGAAUUGUUCGCGAGACGGCGACAAUUCACUGUACGUGUCGGCCGAUCUGAAAUAUUGCUGGAGGUUUCAGAACUUUGAGCAGCAGUUUCUGCUCCACAUCAUGACGGAUUUUCUUUCUAUUCCACGCAAAACAAGUCGUCCGGGCCCGAGCCUCUACGAUGACUCCACCAUCACAACUUUACAGGCAUCGGAGCUGCACGCAUGGUGGCGCGGAGAUUUACCGGCUGCGGAUCCAACAACGAACGCGUCUCCCAACACCCUGACGGACAGCGAAAGUACCAUCGAAGAUUACGUCGAAUACCAGUCGUCGGCCAUGCGGAGCCAGCUUGUCGAUUUGUCGUUGCGGAACACAGCUCCGAGCGAUAUCGAGCCGCGAGGAUUGUCUCUCGGACUCGACUUUGUGCACCAACCUAAAUGGAAAGAACUAGCUGGGAAACACCAAAACUUUUUGGAAAACGACUACAUACUGAAAUCCGUGCGGUCCUCGUACUAUUCGCUCACUAAAAGCGACUUGCACACCCACGUGCCUCUAGUGAAGUGCUUUUCGAAGACAAUGAAGCUCGUGCUUGCACAUGCGGAGAACACCACACUCCAUUUGACAGAAGAGGACUUGAUCUUCUGGCAUAGGAAACUGCUGAAGUGGAAGCAGUACCACAAUGCAGAGGCAGAUGCUGCGCAGGAAAAUCACCGGUUAACCAUGCAGAACGUGCAGUCGUUGCCGACCCCACAAGGCGUUGCCGCCAACGCGGACACCUCAGAUGACGACUUUGAUGAUCCGGGAAAUUCCGAUGCUGCGACCGCUGCUCCGGCAUUAGGGUACCGAACGGCGGGAGUCCGGUGCGGGGAGUGUCGUUUCAUGGACGCAUCAGAAGUUCCAGAUCGCAUGGCCGAGUUCGUUGCAGUUGUCAAUGCCAUGGUCAUGCAGCAGCCAGUCCAAAAGCAGAACGUCAAUGUGGAGCCGAGCAGCGCGUCCGGGAGUGACGCAGCUCCAGGUGUCACUGCUAUCCAUCUAGACGAAAAUAAGAACGCAAAUCCAUCAUCUUCGGUGCAUGAAGCCAAUCCUAGCCAGGACACGGACAUGUUCUCGCGCCUUUCGGCUGUAGGCAAAGCGGCUUUCAUUUGCUACCACUUCAUCCGCAUUCAUCCGUUCGUCGAUGGUAAUGGCCGCCUUGGACGCUUGUUAGCGAUGUGGGCUUUGUGUCGUUUGCAGUUUCCGUUGUACCACGUCCGCCUCUGCGCCCCCGGUAGCGAGCGAGACCGCUUCAUCGCAGCUAUGCGGGACGCGGACCGAAAGGAAGGGCGUCCUGUGGCUGUCACGGAACACAUUGGCGCGUGUGUCCGCGAAUUGUGCUCCGUAUUGGAAGACUGCUUUCCGCAGUGAGAAACAACGAAAAAUAGCUCGAUCAGUACAGCAUCAAGCUGAAUUCCCGCUCCUUAUUAAAGAAAGACGCGGCCAAGCACUGGCACUUAAUUGGGCAAAAGUUAUGAAAUCCUCACUAUCAUGAUCACAGAACGUUUUUCUUCACGUUCUUGCUUUUUUUUAAUGAGAUCGUUGAGCUUGCAAAAAACAAAACCACCUCUGUUUAUCAGGCAGACAAAAGCAAAAGCAGAUCCUCGUGUUCCUUCUCCCCUUUCCUUGCCGAGUGAACGAUCGUCCCCCGCUUAACCGA